UGGGGGCGGGGCUCCCUCUGCACUUGGGAGGGGCGGGGCUUGUGUUGCAGUCAGUUUGCGGGACGGGCAGUAAUAAUCACCAUAGUGACCGGGGAUAGGUGGUGGCAAAUCAACCGCAGCGGAGUGUGGGCCUGGACGGAGUGCUGCCUCGUCCCUUCCCGAAAGCUCUCCUCUUGCACCUGCAGAAAUAUCAACAGCAGUUGACAACUUCAUGUUGAAUCAGCUGCCAUGAAACUGCGUGUGCGAGUUCAAAGACAGAGAGGCUGGGUGGAGUUGGAGCAGAAUGAGCCUACGCUCGCUGACCUGCGCAGUAAGAUUACUAGCACUCUUCUGCCUUCCUUGGGAUACAAUUCUGAUACUGAAUUCAACAUCAGUUUAAAUGGGAAAGAUGUUCUUACUGAUGACCAGCAAGCCAUAAAAUCCAUAGGAAUAGUCUCUGGUGAUUUGAUCUGCUUAAUUCUGCCUGAUUCAUUUGCCUCAACCUCUGGAUCAUUGUUAGAGUUAAAUGUUACGGAACAACCAUCAUGUUCAAAUAUUGCUCAAAACCAGGGUCUUGUGAAUGGUGGGAAUAGACUUGAGUCUGCUCAUGAGAUUGCCCCUGGUGCGUAUCAGCAGUCUGAAGCAAACGUCCAGAAUUCUUCAUCUGAUGAGAUGUCCAUGACAUUUGAAGAAACCACAGCAAAAUAUCCAUAUGAGCCAAUGCUGUGCAGUGAAGCUGUUGAUGGAAUGGUAUCGCAUUCAUUAGAAAUAUUGUAUCAUUCUGCUGAGUGCACCAGCCCAAAAGACGCUCUGAUUGUAGUGCUUCAUCUCCUCAUGCUGGAGGCAGGAUACAUUCCACAGGGUACAGGACUGAAGGGUUCCCAAAUGCCUGAGAAGUGGAAGAACGAAGGUCUCUAUAGACUACAGUACAGUCACUUCCUGUGUGAAGAUGGGUCUGCUACUCUCUCUUGCGUCCCAAUGGGAAAUCUGGUUGUAGUCAAUGCCACACUGAAGAUAAAUGGGAAUGUCAAAAGUGUAAAGAGAGUGCAAUUGUCUCCUGCGUCCUAUGUUUACUUAGAGAGAUUGGGUGAGAAUGCUGCAAACGUGUAUAAAGAUCUACAAAAACUGUCCUGCAUGUUCAAAGAUCAGCUUGUGUAUCCUUUGCUUGCCAGUGCCAGACAAGCUUUGAACCUCCCGGAUGUGUUUGGCCUUGUGGUUCUCCCUCUGGAACUCAAAUUGCGAAUUUUCAGACUCCUGGACGUAUUCACUAUUUUAUCUCUCUCGGCGGUAUGCCGGGACCUUUAUACGGCUACCAACGACCAACUACUUUGGAGAUUUCUAUACCUAAGGGAUUUCAGAGAUUCACGAGCCAGCAGCCAUGACUGGAAGAAACUCUACAAGGAAAAGUAUGUGAUGAGGAGAAAAACACUGCACAGAAUUCCUCUCUAUCUGCCACCUGCUUUGCCUGUAUUUCCAGGUCAGCCUGGCCCCUUCAAUCCCUUCCCAUUUGAACCUCGCCAUUUUUAUCCACCUGGUAUUAUUGGAGGAGAAUACGAUGAGCAUCCUCAGCUGCCUUACAGAGGAGAUCCUAUUAAUCGCUUUUUACCUGGAUCAGGACCUUUGCCAGGGACAUUACCUCCAUUCAGGCCAGCGUUUGACCCAACUGAUUCUUUGCCAGGUCAGUCAACUGCAAUGCCUGGAUUUCACGCCAUCAGAUUUCCAGGGAGGUCUACUGGAGGCAGAUCAGCAAACAUUAGGCGUGGCAUCAUUUAAGAACUCUUCAAUGAAGCUUUUGGACUUUUCUUAGAUUUAGUUCUUAAAGGAUGGUUAAUUGCUGCAUUUCUAGUCUUUGGCAAUCUUUCUUUAGUCUAAAAAACUUGCAACUGAAACAUACACCAGUUAUAUUUUAAUUUGCUGAUCCAAGCCUGAAAAGUAAAAUGAGGACUACAGGAAAUGUGGGACAAAGGGAUCUAAAUGCGCAUAUAGUGGAAUAUUUGUAGAUUUUAUUUCAUGCAGGGAGACAAAAGUGGGCUUUAGAAUAUUGUAGCAAUUUUUCUGAAUAAGUUCGUUUUUUUGUGUGAAAUGCUUUUCAUGGAAAAUUUAAAUACUUUUUGACUGAGCCGUUGUAAUGUAGAUUUGUACAAGAUGGGUUAAAUUUGAGUAUGUGAUUCAAAGAAUCGGCUACGUAAGAAUUAUUACACUGCACAGUAAGAAUUUCAAGCUUGCCUGUAUUUUGCUUCUAGACAUAUUACCAAAUUAUGGUACUUGCAAAGGAGUUACUUGCUAAAGCAAAAAGCAUUUAUACUUACUGUAUAGUGCACAGAAAUAAAUUGUUUCCGAUGA